UUAGCAAUGAUUCUUGAUCAGUUAUACAAUUUUAUUCGCAUUUACAAAUGCGAUUUCCAACCUGAUCGUGAUGAAUAUAUUGAAGAAUACGUUGAAAAUCUGUUCAAGAGUGAAUCUGAUGAUGAUUUUGACCCUCAGGAAGUUGAGUUGUUUUUAAAGGACUCAAUCUCAUCAUGCAGCGAUAUUCCAAGCCAUGUUUUCCAAGAGUGGAUAAUGAAGACCCGUUUAAGUCUAGUUAGUAAAGACGCUCCUAGUAUGAAAAACGAAUUGGAAGAUAAUUCGACCGACUGUGUUGAAACUAUUUUAAAGCUAAUUCCAGUGUUAAAUCCAGAGCUGCAUGAGACCGACUCGAAAGUGGAUUCUAAGCCCCAAUUAACGAAGGAGGAACGUGAAGCCUAUGCCGAACGAUAUGGGUUUUCUCGCAAUUCUUGUUCCUUAAUCCCUCCAGUUACUAAAUUGUCCUCCGAACCGGAGAGCAAAGUGAGGUACCUGGACGGGAAGGUGGUUAAUACCAACGGAGCAAGGUAUAUUGAAAUUAAGAAGGAGUAUCCAGAUAUGCCUCCUCCAGUCUAUCUCAAAUCCUCUCGCAAAUAUCGCUUUCAUUGA